AUGGUAGAUGAGGCCUUGCCCGUGGCUAACCCGGGUUCAAUCCUUGGUAUUGCAUAUAAAUCCCCUCGCAUCAUCAAUGUCAGCAGGAGCAAGCAUCCAAAUGAUCUGCAUUCUGUCCUGGUCUUGGGAGUUGAUCUUCACAGAGAUAAUGAGAGGCUUGCCGAGAUCAUCAGCACUAAACUGGUGGAGAAACAGCAAAGCGGAACUGUGCUGAGUAGCCUGACUGCUAGGCCAGUUCUGGAGCCUCCUUAUAUGGGAAAUCUCACUAACAGUGCAAAGCUGCCCAGAAAUCUGGCUCCAAGAGAAAACAUCCUGUUUCCUUCUGCCCACCCACGGCCUCGAGAUGGCAGCAUGGAGACUCUCUUGUUCCAGGUAUCUCUGUUACCUGAGAAUGACAGGUGGAAUGAGACAAGAGCUCAGUUGCUGGCACAGAUGGACAUCAGUAUGGAAGGAAGAGUAGCAGAAGAGCUUCUAUUUGGAAGCGAUCAUAUUACCACAGGUGCUUCUAGUGAUUUUGAUUAUGCAAGUAAAAUAGCAAAGGGAAUGGUUACAAAAUUUGGAAUGAGUGAAAAGGCGCAAGGCAUUGGAGAGUGGCGCUUGGGCGUGAGGCUUCGCAGCGUGGCUUGGCUCGGCUUGGCUCGGCUCUUGUCAUUGGAGCGGAGACAAUCCAAAGCAGCGCCUGGCUGCCUGGGGAAGUCGUACUCCGAAGCGGCACGGAAGAGGCGUCUCAUGAUGAAGAGGAGCUGCUGCGGCUGCUGGGACGCCAGCCCGCGGGGGGACAGCGGGCCGGAGCCGGGGUACCGCCUGCGGGCCAGAGACCUGGGCAGGAUCCACCGGGCGGCCAGCGCGGGCAACGUGGCCGAAGUGCAGCAUCUGCUCUUGCUGGGGAAGAGCAGCCCCGACGACAGGGACAAGAGGCACAGGACAGCUCUGCACUUAGCUUGUGCUGGUGGCCAUCAAGAGGUAGUCACUCUCCUAGUGGAGAGAAAGUGCCAGCUAAACCUCUAUGACAGCGAAAACAGGACAGCGUUGAUGAAGGCAGUACAAUGCCAGAAAGAAGAAUGUGCAACCAUUCUGUUGGAACAUGGUGCGGACCCGAAUCUGCAGGACUUCGGUGGUAAUACUGCUCUCCACUAUGCUGUCUCCAGUCAGAACAGGGCCAUAGCUGCCAAGCUGCUGGCACAUGAUGCAGACAUUAAAAUAAGCAACGAGGAUGACCUCACGCCAGUUUUACUGGCUGUCAAGGAAGACAAACAGGAAAUGGCAGAUUUUUUAAUAAAUGAAUCAAAUAGGUAUGCAUUAAGAAAAAUGCAAAGAUUUUCCAGUAAACCUGCCAUUGAUGAUUCAAGGCAUAUAUCUGAUGAUGACUUUGAUUUUGAAGCCAAGGAAAGACCUAUAAAGCCAGCUGAUGAAAAGGACAAAAAUGAUAUUGAAAGUGUCUCACAAGACCAUACAAAAAAUACCAAUUUACCCUGUGUUGAUGAAGCUCUCAAAAAAAGAAGUGAAAUGCUGUCAGCACUGGGAUUAGAAGAGGAAGAUAUAGACUCACCUACGGACUCUGAGAGUAUUUCUGAGAGUCUACCACAGAAGUAUGUUGAUCACUUAUUGGCAACUGCAAAUCCAGGAGAAAAAAGUACAUUAAAUGGACAAGUAGAAGAUGUUUUUUAUAUUCCAUCUUUCAUGAGUGGAUCGAGCAACUUUAAGAAGGCUAAAAUAGAUGAUACCAGAAAUAGAGACUUUCCAGUUGCCCACCUAGAAUCUCUUGAAAACUACUACCACUUGAAGCCUUCUAUUGAAGUGAAAGACUCCAUUCCUAAUAAAGCAGUUGGAAUAAAGGAUGUUCAAACAGCUCAACCAGAUUUGCCACCUGAACUAGACUUAGACAUGGCAACAGAGGAGGAUCCAGAAGGACAUGAUGAACAUGAAUAUAACCUCUUGCAGGUUUCUGAUAGUCAUGACAAGGAAAAAGACCACAUGUUACAGGAUGAAAUUGUCAGGCUAAAAUUGGAAGUCAACACAAUGAAAAAUCAGAACCAGGAAAAGGAAAAGACAUAUUUAGAAGACAUUAAAAUUCUCAAAGAAAGGAAUGAGGAUCUUCAAAGGACUAUAAAACGGAACGAGGAAACAUUCACUGAAACAGUGUUCCAGUCUACUGGACAGAUUAAUGUCCUGGCAGCCGAGAAUACAAUGCUUAAGUCUCAGCUGGAGCAAGCAAAGCAGAAGAAGGACACACUGGAAACAGAACUGGAGACUUACCGUUCUCGACUGGCUACUGCUACGCAGGUCCAUGAUCAAAGCCAGAUCUCCAAAAGAGAACUGGAACUCAGCUUCCAGAGGGCCAGAGAUGAAUGGUCUCGCUUGCAGGAUAAAAUGAACUUGGAUGUGGCUAACCUAAAAGACACUAAUGAGGUUCUUUCUCAACAGCUCUCUAAAAUGGAAGCUAAACUCAAUAACCUAGAAAUUGAGCUCCAUCAGACAAGGGAUUCCUUUAGAGAAAAGACAUUGGCUUUGGAAUGUAUUCAAAGAGACCUAAGCCAAACCCAAGGUCAGAAGAAGGAAAUUGAACACAUGUGUCAUAAUGAACAAGGGAAAGUGAAUAAAUACAUGGGCAAACAGGAGUCCUUAGAGGAGCGACUGUCUCACUUGCAGAGUGAAAACAUGUUGCCUCGCCAGCAACUAGAUGAUGCCCAUAACAUAGUGGACAGCAACGAAAAGACAAUGAUGAAGAUGUACGGCCAGUUCCAGGACAAUGUCCAAAGGCUUCAAGCUGAAAGGGAGAAACAUCGUCUUCUGCUGGAAAGAAUAAAUAAGGAGUUGAUCAAUGACAGCAACCAUUUAACGGAAACAAUAUGCCAGUAUGAAAGUGAAAAAGCAGAAAGAGAAGUGUUUGUGAGACAACUUCAGCAAGAACUGGCUGAUAGUCUAAAGAAGCAAUCUAUGUCAGAGGCUUCGCUGGAAGUUGUAUCCCCUUACCACACUAACUUAGAGGAUGAAAAGCAUUUAAAGAGGAAGGUAAGUCGAAGGAGAAGUCCUGUGUGUAUGAAAUUGUCAUGUCAUAAAAAGAUCAGGUCCUCGGUAUUCUUUUCUAGAGACAUUUUGAGUCCUCAUCUUACAGUUUUUGUUAUUGGCUCCUUGGGGAUCACUAGAGCCACAACAGUUGUGCUGAAUGGGCGGAUCGAUGAUCUCACUGGAAAACUGGAACGUGCAUCUUCCAAAUGUCAACAUCUGGAUGCAGAAAAUCAAGUUCUUCAGCAGCACUUAUUGUUUAUGAAAGUAAUGCAAAAGAAUAAUGAAAAGGUAAAGAAGAAUAAAAAGCAGUUGGAACAAGAAGUAGUCAACCUCAAAAGUCAUAUAGAACUAAAUAUGGUAGAACACAGUCAAGUAGAACAGUUUAAACAAGAGACCGAAGAAAGAGCAAGACAGGAUAUAGUAGAAAAAUUCAAAGAAGUCAAUCUGUUUUUACAGGUACAAGCAGCAUCUCAAGAACAGUUAAGAGAGAAUACUAAUACUUCUUUGAAAAGUCAAAUGGAACUCAGAAUUAAAGAGCUGGAAUCUGAACUUUCUAAAAUGAAAACUUCUCAGGAAGAGUGUAAUAAAAGAGAAUUGGAAAAAUAUAAGCAACUCUUCCUAGAAGAAAUGACAGUUAGAAAAUCCUUGCAAAAUAAGCUAAAAAAAGAUAAUGAGAGGCUUGCCCAGAUCAUCAGCACUAAACUCCUGGUGGAGAAAGAGCAAAGCAGAUCUGUGAUGAGUACCCUGACUGGCAGGCCAGUUCUGGAGCCUCCUUCUAUGGGAAAUCUCACUCCUAGUGCAAGGCUGCCCAGAAAUCUGGCUCCAAGAGAAAGCAUCCUGUUUCCUUCUGCCAAGCCUCGACCUCCAGAUUGCAGCACGGAGACCUUCUUAUUCCAGAUGCAGCAACAAUUGGAUAAAAGUAUCAAAAGAGAAGUAAAAGAAGCUGCUGCUGAAUUAGAAUCUGGAUCCUAUAGAUCUCUUCCAAGAUCUAUUGAAGCAUCGAAUCUAACCCAGGAUCUACUUUUGAAAACGUCAAGAGAAUAUGUCGAGAUUCUGAAAAAGCAAUAUCUUAUCUAA